AUGGCCGGAUCUGAAACUACAAAGACUAACCUUGUUAUGACUUCCACCACCGCCGCCGCUGCCAUGGCACAGCCGACGAAAUCUACAAUUCGUAGAUUUGUUGGUGUACGACAAAGGCCAUCGGGAAGAUGGGUUGCUGAGAUCAAGGAUUCUUCUCAACGUAUGCGACUAUGGCUUGGAACUUAUGACACCCCUGAGGAGGCAGCUCGAGCCUAUGAUGGAGCAGCCAGAGCACUGCGCGGAGAAAGGGCGCGAACCAACUUCACAGCAACUAAUUGGAACUCAAAUCAAUCUGGCUUAACACCAGAAUCAAAUGGGCGACAUGAGCUUAGCUUCUCUUCCUUCAAAGCCAAGCUAAGCAAGAACCCAGAGAGUGUAAUGGCUAGGUCAACAGAUAACAAGUCACCAAAGAGUAGGGUUAGUGAUCACUUCAGUACUUUUGCUAGCAUAUUCAACUUCAGGAGCUACCAAUACAAAAGUCCUGUGCAUAUCAAGAACACUGAGAAGGUUCAACCAAGCAUUAUGGUGCCCCACGUGGCUGAUGAUGCAGCCUCCCCUUCUUGGGAGAUCAGCUCUAGGGUGUCCGAUUGUAGCAACGAGUGUGUCAGAUUCCGGCAACACGGAAUGGAGUCAGAUGGGUCAGACUCCGGGGAUCAAAUGGUGGGUUGUAUGGAUAGUUCAGAGGAGAUCAGUAUCGGCAAGAGCUACAACAUUUCUAGGAGUAAGAGGUUCAAGGUUUCUUCUUCUGUGGUGGUUCCUCCAUCCUUUAGUCAAUCUCCAUAUGAUAUGUAA